AUGAUUAGACCGAUUGUGCGCACCACCGCCCUUGCGGUGCCACGAAAACUGGGUCCAAAGAAAUUCUAUUCCUCUAGCGUUAACGGUGACGGGUCUAAAGCGUCUGUCAAGACUAGAGCGGCGACUGUGUUAAAAUAUAUUUGGAUGGGAAGUUUUACAUCUACCGUGAAAAUUGACAAUGAAGAUUCCCAAGACAAAGACUUACAGUUUGACAAUCAUAUGACCUAUCAACAAUUACUCGAAUAUUGCCGUACUCACAAUAAUGAAUGGCCUAACUCACAACUCAUAAAAAGAACAUUUUCAUCAAUCCCAUAUGACCAAGACAGUGUUGAAGGAAAUCCUGUAAGAGUACUUCAAUGGAACGUUUUGUCACAAGCAUUGGGACAGAAUAAUGAUAGAUUUGACAGUUGUCCUUUAGAAGCUUUAGAAUGGAAACAUAGGAGGUGUCACAUGCUUGAAGAAAUUCUUAAACAUAAUCCCGAUAUUAUUUGUUUACAGGAAGUUGAUCAUUUUGAUUUCCUCAGCAGAGCUCUAGCUACACAAUCUUAUAGCGGUAUAUUUGUACCAAAACCAGAUUCACCAUGUGUGUAUAUAAAUGAUAAUAAUGGACCUGAUGGUUGUGCAAUAUUUUACAAAAAUGACAAGUUUGAUUUGUUAGAAAAACACGAUAAAGUAUUACAAGUAUGGACAGUCCACAGCAAUCAGGUGUCAUUGCUAUUGGUACUUAAAGAUAAAAAUACACAAAAAGAAUUAUGUGUUUCCACAACUCAUCUAAAAGCUCGUAAAGGAGCCUUGCUAUCCACCUUGCGAAACGAACAAGGAAAAGAUUUACUACAGUUCAUAUCUUCCCAUGCAGCUGACCGUCCAACAAUUGUCUGUGGUGAUUUUAAUGCAGAACCUACAGAACCAGUUUACAGUACUAUGUGCAGUUGUCCUUAUUUACCACUAGAUAGUGCGUAUAAGUUGUGUGGCUCAGAACCGCUGUACACCUCUUGGAAGAUUCGUGGAGGCGAAGGCGAAGUUAUGCAUACCAUUGACUACAUGUUUUACACUAAACAUAAAUUAACUGUUAGUAAUAUACUAGACAUGCCAAAAGAAAUAGAUAUUGGUGAGAAUAGAGUACCCUCUAUGACCUAUCCAUCAGAUCAUUUUUCUUUGAUAAGUGAUUUUUAUUUUAACAACAAUACAACAAAUUUUUGUGAAUAA